AUAGGAAUAUAGAAGAAAAGACCCAUAGAAUUCUUUGUUUCCUUUUAUAAUAUGUUUGUUUUUGAAGAUUUGAGCUUCUUCACAGUUCAUACUCCAAUGCGAAUGCGAGGAUGAAUCGGGCGGCGGUGGAGACGCCAUAUGCGUAUGAUGUGAUGGUGACAUUUUGGAUGAAUAGAUCUGCAAUGGGCGUCGUUAGAUUUCGUCACUGACCGUGAAUUUCGGCUUUAUUUAAGGGCGUGUUUGGUCGUUUGUCGUUGUUGUUUGUUGGCCUAUUUACCAGGGAACAGCCGCGUAUGGGUUGCAACGGGUCAAAGGCGGUUGAAACGGAACUGGUGAUCCGCUGCCGGGAGCGUAGGGAUCUCAUCAAGGCCGCCGCCGACCACCGCUACUACCUCGCCGCCACGCAUCUCUCCUACUUCCACUCCCUCAAGGACGUCGGGGACGCUCUCCGCCGCUUCGUGGACGAGGAGCUUGUUGCCGCCUCCUCAUCGUCGCCGUCUUCCCUCUCCUCUCCCUCGUUGAUUCUUCAUUCCGGUGAGCGUAAACUCGGCUCUGAUGGCGGCAAAGGCGGAGGGAAGAAACGCGGAGGAGAUUCCUCCGGAUCAUCCGGCUUUGUUCACCAUGAUGGCGAUGAAAAGGAAUCGCACUUGUCUUUGCCGUCAGAUUCGUCGGACGACGAGCACUUCCACUUGCACGAAACCGGCGAUAAUGGCGGGCAUUUGCACAUAGAUGAAGAGGAAGGGCAUACGUCACCGGUUUCUCCUUUUCAUCACCCGGAUUUGCCAAUGGGAACUCAUGGGCCGUAUGUGACGAUGAAUCAAGAGCCUCCUCCACAAAUGGGGUACUGGGAUCCUUUCUAUGGCUACAAUCCCCAGCUGAAUCCCCCCUUUUAUGGCGGAAAUUCAAAUACAUAUGCGUACUACAUGAAGAGAUCUUCCCCAACCAUGAAAACAGUAAUGCAUGAAGCAGAAGCUGCUUCUACUGCGUACUCGAACGCGUACUGGAGCUCCCCUUAUCAGAAUGCUGGCGACUAUUUUGGAUAUCCACCAGCGGGUCCAUACGGGGGUGAAGGGAUGAGGAAUCGCGAUAAGAAGCCCAGCCCUCCGGCGGAGCCGCCACCACCGCCUUCCCCAAAGGCCUCCGCUUGGGACUUUUUGAAUCCAUUCGAAGCAAUUGAGCAGGAGUACUCGAGUUAUUUUCCCCAUGGCGGCGGCUACGGGUAUGGGUCUAACAGUAGUAGCCCGGAUUUGAAGGAAGUGAGGGAGAGGGAAGGGAUUCCCGAUUUGGAGGAGGAAACAGAAACCGAGCUUCACAUGGAUGAACCUAAAUUGAAGAAGAAGUUGAAUAAUGAAUUUAAGAAAAAAAAGGCAGGUGAAGGGGCUUCAAGUUCCAGUGGAGUGUCAUUACAAAGAGGGGGUGGCACUGGGGGAGAGCAAUUACCGAAAGGAAUGCCCCGUCGAAAAACGCCAAUGCCCACAAAACACAGUGAGGGUUCCUCAAUUUCAAAAGGGCCACCAUCAGAGGAUAGUGGUGGCAGCACAUUAAGACUAUCAUCAUCAGGGCAUGAUGAGUGUUCUCUCAGUGACAUGACAGGUUCAAUUGAUGUUUCGGAGGAGAAGGCUAGCUCUAGCUCCAUUGUAUCAAAAAGCCCGGAAGAUAGCAGUGUGAAGACAAAAGGAGUGACUUUUGAGGUAGAUCAUGAAAUCGAAUCUUCCAAGUUAAGCAACUCGGAUAAUAAACCUGCUCAUGGAACAAGAGAUCUUCGGGAGGUUGUGGCCGAAAUCAAAGAUGAAUUUGAGAUUGCUUCAAGUUAUGGGAGGGAGGUAGCUGUGAUGCUUGAAGUUGGGAAACUGCCUUACCACCAUAGCUUCAUUAGAGUGCUCAUGUCCAGGAUUUUGUACUCGAUUGUUCCAUCCUCAUCAUCUUUGCAAACAGUGUCAUCACACUCAGUAAGAUUAGAUUCUAGAACACGGAAAUUGAUGGAGUCCUAUUUUGGGGAUGCCAGUCCAGAAAAUAAUUUGAAGCCUUGUAACCUUUCAUCUACACUAGCCCAGCUAUACGAAUGGGAGAAGAAACUUUACAAGGAAGUAAAGGAAGAAGAACAACUACGGCUUUUAUAUGAAAGGCAGUGCCGGAAGCUAAAAGUGUUGGAUGAGCAAGGAAAAGAGUCAAGUAAGAUUGAUGCUGUUCAAGCUUCUAUUAGAAAAUUACUGACAAAACUCAAUGUUUCUAUCAAAGCAAUUGAUUCUAUUUCAAAUAGGAUACACAAGUUAAGAGAUGAAAAAUUGCAACCCCAACUUGCAGAAUUAAUUAAUGGCUUGAUAAGGAUGUGGAGGUCCAUGCUCAAUUGUCAUCAGAAGCAGUUUCAAGCAAUCAUGGAGAGUAAAACUCGUGCUUUGAAAGCAAACAUUGGAUUCCAUGCUGAUUCCACAGUGAGAGCUACUCUUGAACUUGAAUUGCAGCUUCUUGCAUGGUGUAGCCACUUUAACGAUUGGAUUUGCACUCAAAAGUCCUAUGUUGAGUCCUUAAAUGGGUGGCUUCUUCGGUGCCUUAUUUAUGAGCCAGAAGAAACUCCUGAUGGGCCUGUUCCCUUCUCCCCUGGUCGUUUGGGUGCUCCUCCAAUUUUUGUAAUAUGUAAUGAUUGGAAUCAUGCAAUGGAAACCAUUUCUGAGACUCGGGUGGCAAUGUCAAUGAACAAUUUUGCUUCAAGCUUGCGGAAACUUUGGGAAAGGCAGGAUGAGGAGCACCGUCAAAGACUUAGAGCCGAAUACCUUUCAAAGGAUUACAAGAGACGACUUAAAAUGCUUAAGAUGGAGAAAGGAAGAGUGGGGCAUGAUCGAGAUGCGAUGCCACAGAAAACUGGAGCGUCUAUGGUUCCAUCUGAAAAUGGGGUUUCUCCAUUGGAUGAUCUAAAGGUGGACUUGGACACGUUCCGGAAAAAGCUGGUUGAAGAGAAAGUGAAACACGAGGACACUUUAAAGUUAGUGCAUGAUGCAGCUUCCAGUAGUUUACAGGGAGGGUUGCUUCCAAUUUUCAAAGCUUUGGAGAAUUUCACUUUGGAGGCUGUCAGAGCCCACGAGCAAAUCAGGUUACAAAAUAUCUAGCAAUAAUCUUUAUUUCCAAGUUUCCAAUAUCUACUUGGAAGAAUUGUUGGCCUCCCUAUAAUUUUAUUAGUGAGAGCUUACAGUAGGUGGAAUUUGGAUGGGUGCAGCUACUUCAAGAAGCUGCAAAGGUUGGUGGAACAGGCAAAGUUUUUUAGGUUAAUAAUUUUUUGGUAGCGAAUAUUUCAUCUUAUCUAACAUCUAACCUUUUGAUUGCUAGGCUAUUGUACAGUGACAGUUUAUUUAUUCAUUGGAUUCUUACUGAUCAAAGUUUUGUCGAUUGAUGUAACAAUGGAAAUGUAUGAAAGUUUUGAUUCCAAAGUUGGCAGGAUGAAGUCCGGCAGACCUGUUGUCAAAGUUUUUGCAUUAUUAGAGUUUAUAUA